CCGCCGUAUUGAAAUUUGCAAUUCGCUGAACAAAGAUAUGGAAACUUUAUCUUGGCGAGCCAUCAGGACUUGGCGAGUGGCUUACACUUGGCAAAUGGCUUACGCUCCAAGCUGGCAGAUGGCUUACAUCCCUGUCCUCGAGCUUGUCCCGUUUAGUGUUUUCUUUGUUCGCUGACUCCGAUAUAGCCAUCAAGCGACCACCUCCUGGCGUUGCCAGGAGAUGACCAUCUCUCUUCCUUACUCACCCUCUUCCCGCCUCCGAAUCAGCUACACACGACACAAUGGCACCCGCUCUACCCUUCGCCCUCCCCUCCCUCGCGGGCAAAGUCUACCUCGUCACCGGCGGCAACACCGGCGUCGGCUUCCACACAGUCGACGAGCUCGCCAAGCACGGCGCCCGGGUCUACAUGGGCGCGCGGUCGCCCGGCAAAGCCGAAGCGGCCAUCAAGACGAUCCGCGCCGAGACGCCCACGGCCGACGUGCACUUUCUGCAAAUGGACCUGAUGGAUCUGCACUCUGUCGUGGCCGCCGCGAAGAGCUUCAAGGAGAAGGAGACGAAAUUACACGGCCUGGUGAAUAACGCGGGCAUCAUGGCGACGCCGUACGCGCUGAGCGGGGAUGGGUUCGAGGCGCAGUGGCAGACGAAUUAUCUCAGUCAUUGGGUUCUGACGUGGCAUCUGCUUGAUGUUCUGGUGAGGACGCUGCAGGCGGAGGGCGGUGCGGCGGGGAGUGUUCGUGUCGUCGACGUCACGAGUGACGGACAUAACUUUGCGCCGAAAGUUGGGAUCGACUUUAAGGAUAUUAACCUGGAAAAGGCCGGGGUGUUUGCUCGGUAUGGGCAGAGCAAGGUGGGCAACAUUCUGCACGCGAAGCAACUCAACAAACUCUAUGGACCCAGUGGCUCUGAGACGGCGAAGAAAGGGAUCUGGACUGCGGCCGUCCACCCGGGACAUCUCGACACGAACCUCAACAAGCAGACUGCGUUCCCGAAGUUUGUCAACACUCUCUUGAGAGCUGUUGGCGCGUACUCACCUCCGAGGGACGGAGCGUUCAACUCGGUCUUUGCCGUUGCCUCGCCGGAGUUCAAGGUCGCUGACAGCGGGGAGUACUUUGUGCCCGGCCAGAAGAAGAAGCAGCCCAGCAAGGUUGCACGGGAUAUGGAGCUUGCUGGACGGCUGUGGAAGUGGACGGAGGAAGAGCUGCGGAAGCGGGAACUGCUAGACUGAGCGUUACGAGGUGGUGACUACGUACGAGAAUGUGCCUGGAUCAUCGGCCGAUUGGUGGAGCUCCCGUGUUUUAUCUAAUGUCAGGACAGUCGAGUCCAAUACCCCUCAUUUUAGUACUACACAUUGCAGUCCAGAGCGUUUUCUUCUAGAUUAACGCAACUCAUAUCUGUCUCCAAGGCUCUAGAUCGACUUGUAGAUCGUCUUGGUAAGGCAGUGAUAGGCAGUAACGAGGCCUACAAUUGAUCAACGCGGCGGUCCUCAAAUGCCUCGGUCACAUACCUCUGCAUUUCUCAAACCUGUGCUCUUACUCCGUCCGUCCUACACCAAUAGUAUACCAUGUCUUUGCACACAGCAAGUUUUAUUGCAUUCGUCUUAGUACAACUCCAUUCUACUCGAUGGUAUAUAACACCUAGUAUUAUGAUAGGUCGAUUAUCACC